AUGAGAUCUACGAUCGUCUCCCGAAGCGCUGCUGCCGCCAAGGCACAGAAUAAAGCUGCGUCGCUCAAAACCAAGGUACUUAAAACAUUGUUUCUCCAUCGAAUUCAUUCGGUUUUCAGCUCAGUAAUGGUCUCAGUGUCGUGGCACAAGAUAAUAACGGAGCUGUCAGUCAGCUGGUGAGAUUCUAUCUGGAAUUCUGUUCGAAAUAUGAACACUUCAGGUUCUCGCCUUUCGAGCCGGUUCCCGCUACCAAGCGAGCAACCAGCAAGGACUCGUUCAUCACAUUCGCAACUUUGUCGGUCGUGAUGCUCAAUCCUACCCAGGACUCCAGCUCGUCUGGUCGUCGGCGGCUAGUGGAGCCAAUUUGAGCUCAUUCGCAACUCGCGAUAUUUUCGGAGUCCAGAUCAGUGUGGCGAGAGAUCAUGCCGCCUACGCCCUUUCGAUUCUUGGCCACUUGGCCGCCAAGCCGGCGUUCAAGCCAUGGGAGCUGGAAGAUGUGGCUCCGACGAUUCUGGCUGACUUAUCUCAAAAGACGCCAUAUCAAAUCGUUUUCGAGGAUAUUCACCGUGCUGCAUUUAGGUUUUACUCUUGAUGAAAUAUCUGAAAUACUGGAAACUUACAGAAAUGACUCUUUGUCCUUCUCUCUUUUCUCUUCCAAGCGCGAAGUUGGUGCUUACAAAAGCGAUGAGCUCUCGAAGUUCGCCGAGAAACACUUUGUGAGCGGAAACGGAGUGCUCGUCGGAGUCAACGUCGACGGAGAAAUUCUAAAGAACUACGCUGAGGAAUCGGGAUCCAUCGCCGACGGAAGACUUAUCACCAACCACGAGGCGCCUUUCAGAGUGAGAAAUUCACAGAAAGCCUGGAAAUAUUGUGAAUUCAGGGAGGGGACUACCGUCGUUUCGCCCGUGGAAACGACGUGCACAUCAUCGUGGCCGGAAGUGGAGCUCCGAUCGGAAACCUCAAGGCUCGCGCUACUCAGGCCGUUUUCUUGGCCCACAUUGGACGUGUUUCUCCGUUGAAAUUCGCCUCUAUUCCCGGAUCUACUUCUGGACUGUCCACUCUUCCAUCUGGAGUCGUCGGAAGCUCGUUCCAGGCAUCGUACGACGGGAGCGGACUCGUUGGAGCAUAUCUCCUGGCUUCUGGAGCUAACGCUGACGGAGCCGUGAGAGCCGCCGUCGAUGCUUUGAAAACUCCAAAGGUGCAGGAUAUCGAAGGUGACCAUUUUCUGUUGUUUUAUUUGUACUUCUCAUCUUCAGGCUGCAAACGCCGCGCUAUCAACGAGGUGCUCUUCAAUGCCGAGAACACAGUGUUUUCCGCCUACGAGCACGCUACUAAUGCUCUUCACAAGGGCCCAGAGCAAUCGGAGCUCAUUGCCGAGAUCCAGAAGGUUCAGCCGAAGGACGUGGAGCAGUUCGCUACGACGGCGUUCAAACGCCUCGCAAUUGCCGCCUACGGAAGUCACGGAAGAGUUCCGUAUUCGGAUGAACUCCCAAGCGUCUAA